CGGCCAGUCAGCGGCUCCCUGGUUAUAGAGCUAGAGACGCACGGCACGCAAGGCUUCCAAGAUGGCGACGACCACGGAGGGCGGCGGUGUUCCCGGGCUAAAACGGACUCACCUCGGUAUCCCUGAGGCGGUGUUUGUGGAAGAUGUAGAAUCAUUUAUGAAGAAACCUGGCAAUGAGACGGCUGACAUCGUGCUCAAAAGAUUGGAUGAACAGUAUCAAAAGUAUAAGUUUAUGGAACUAAAUCUCUCUCAGAAAAAGAGAAGACUAAAAAGUCAGAUUCCUGAAAUUAAACAGACUUUAGAAAUUUUGAAGCACAUGCAGAAGAAAAAGGAUACUACCGAACCUAUGGAAACUAGGUUUUUACUGGCAGAUAACCUAUAUUCCAAAGCCUCUGUGCCUCCAACAGAUAAAGUCUGUUUGUGGUUAGGGGCAAAUGUAAUGCUUGAGUACGAUAUUGAUGAGGCUCAGGCUCUCUUAGAAAAGAAUCUCUCCACUGCUACAAAGAACCUUGAAUCCACCGAAGAGGACCUCGACUUCCUGCGGGACCAGUUCACCAUCACAGAAGUCAAUAUGGCUAGAGUUUAUAAUUGGGAUGUAAAAAGAAGACACAAGGAAGAUCCGUCUAAAAUUAAAGCAUAGUUCGUAUCGUUUUAAAUGUAAUUCGUUUCCAGACACACAGUUUUAAACCACCUCCAAUGAACCUUUGGAAUAGUUACCGGUAUGUCUUCAUUUUCUAAGGCAAAAUGCUGAUCCGAACACAGGCUUUUUAUUUAUUUGAUGAGCUGGACUUCAUGCAUGUUUCAAGGUGUAUGAAAAUGAUUGAAACAAAUAAAACUGGUCAGCAUAAA